CCCCAGCAGACCACAUCCCCGCCCCCAGCUCGCAGUCCCCCGCCCCCCGCACAUAUACCCUGCACACCCGCGCGCACACACACCCGGCGCGCACAGACACACACGCUCCCUCCCUCCGGCGCUCUACUCCUCGCCCGCCCGCCCUCCCGCCCGCCUAGCACGCACCGGCCUCGGCUCCCCGCGCCCGCCCGCCGAGCGAAGCUGCGCUGGGCUCGGAGCUGCUCAUGGAGAAAGUGCCGGGCGACAUGGAGAUAGAGCGCAGGGAGAGGAGCGAGGAGCUGUCCGAGGCGGAGAGGAAGGCGGUUCAGGCUACGUGGGCCCGGCUGUAUGCCAACUGCGAGGACGUGGGGGUGGCCAUCCUGGUGAGGUUCUUUGUGAACUUCCCAUCGGCCAAGCAGUACUUCAGCCAGUUCAGACACAUGGAGGACCCCUUGGAGAUGGAGAGGAGUCCCCAGCUGCGGAAACAUGCCUGCCGGGUCAUGGGGGCCCUCAACACUGUUGUGGAGAACCUGCAUGACCCAGACAAGGUAUCCUCUGUGCUCGCCCUGGUUGGCAAGGCCCACGCCCUCAAGCACAAGGUGGAGCCCGUGUACUUUAAGAUUCUCUCUGGGGUCAUUCUGGAGGUGAUCGCCGAGGAGUUUGCCAAUGACUUCCCUGCAGAGACGCAGAAAGCCUGGGCCAAGCUGCGUGGCCUCAUCUACAGUCAUGUGACCUCGGCCUACAAGGAAGUAGGCUGGGUACAGCAGGUCCCCAACACCACCACGUGAGGAGGAGCGGCCCACCAGCCACGCUGCCCUCCCCAGGGCCGUAGGACCCCUCCCGGCUCCCCCCUCCCUGGCAGCACUUUGGGCAGAAGGCUGACUUCUGAAGACACGCCUUGACCUUCCAUUUCUGGGUGCCAAGGAAGCUGGAGGAAUCCUUGACUCGACUUCCCGAAAGGAGGCCUUCAUCACGGCUGUGGUCCCCCAGGCUACCGGGAGGUGGGGCUGGCUCCCUGGAUGCUGAAUCUGCCAGAGGGCAUCCCUCUGCCUCACAGCAGAGGGCACACUCUUCUUAGCUUUUCUACUGACUGUUAGAGAUGAGGGACCUGGCAAGCGGCCAGUGGGAAGUGAGGACAAGCCUGAGUCACUUGAGAAAGGACUGUCCCUGCUCCGCUCUGCCCACCAGCAUGCGGGCUCUCCUCACCAUCUCUAGCGCAUCACGCACACAUGUCUACCAUAUACACAGAUAUAUUCUAUAUACGAGCUAUAUAUAAAUAUAUAUACACACACAUACAUAUCUAUCCAGUGCACCUGCAGGCCCAGAAGCCUAGAGCUUGCCCAGCUGUGGGAGGCCAGGAAGAGUCCUCCUGGUCAUACUUCUGGGCAGCUGUACCGGGAGCAGGGAGAAAGCUUACAACAGGACAAGAGGAGGAGCCGGUGGGUGGGAGGGUUGGGGUGACUCAGUUUGCCCCUACAGCUCAGUACCCUGCAUUCUUUCCCCCCCCCCCCAAAAACAAGAGAAUACCUGGUUUGCCAGGUGUAGUGGCGCACACCUGUAAUCUCAGAGCUUGGGAGGCAGAGAGGAAGGACAAUCUUUGCAAGUCUGAGGUCGGGUGGUCUAGACCUGGUCUCCAUGGAGGUGAGUUUCAGGCUAGCUGGCGCUACACAAGAAGACCUUGUGUCAAACAAAACAAAACAUGAAGAUCUGGCUCCCCUCCCCUCCCCUUCCCUCUCUUCCUCUCCCCAAGGGUUUGCCCGACUGACUUGCCCUGGGAAGAGCAUGGACUGGGGGACACCAAUAGUCCAGGAGAUCCCGGUGGGGUGUUGGCCAGUGUAUGUGUCCGGUGUGUGGGGGUGGGGGACAGACUCAGUGAGGAGCCCCAGAAUGUCAGCCCCACCGGCUCUCCUCAGACAGCAGCCAGGCCACAGGACCAGGGGCUGUGCUCACAUCCCGCAGCAGACCAGGGCCCCUCUCCUGCCCUCCUCUGGGGCCACCCGCUCACCCUCUCCACACAGUCUCCUUAACAUUGCUGGGAACCCCGUGUGUCACGUGUACUGUCCUGGAGGAUGUCCCACUGCUGUGGCUACUGUGCCUGCAUCCCCUCCGGUCCCACCCUCACCCCGCCUUCCUGUAAUUGCCUGUCUUUUUUUGUAGUUUCUGAUGUUUGUAACCAGAUCCAGCUGUGUCAUUAAACAGGUCUGUUCUUCCUG